AUGCCCGCGCUUACAACGAAAUCCCGCGCGCGAAUCGGUCUCGUAGGACGCCUUCGGGAGCAGUGGAACAACAACCCCGCGAACAUCCCUAAUGACACUCUUUCCCCAAACUCCACGACGAAGACGACGACUAACAUCAUCUUUUCCGAUAAUUAUAUUGCCGAUACCCCACCGCAACCCAUCACUGACAUCAUCCAUCCUACUCGAACCAAUGCGCAGAUCAAAGCGACCAGCUCCAUCAGUACCGCAGCUUCACGCACUCCCUUCACCGAUGGGACGUCAUCUGCAAUCUUCUCCACCAGCAUCCUCACCUCCAGCGAUGUGGACCCGGUCCCAACCUGUCCUCAUUCUGAUCACACAUUCACCCCACACACUGGCCUGGUCGGUCGCUAG